GCCUUACGUCAUAGCGGGAUUCAUAGUUUCGGCGUGCUUCGCGCGUGUGUGCGACUUUCUCUUGCGGUUUGCUUUUGCUGCAGUGUACAAGCACACUAUAUUUUUGCAGUCGAUAUGCCGCCGGCACGAAGCAUCGCAGUGCUUCGCGAUGUGCAUAACUGCGUUAGAAUACUUCCGCCCACAUCAAACAGGGCAGUAGCCCGAAGGAUGUCGUCCUUCGUGUCUGCUGAAGACAAAUCGGACGCGACGAACCUCGAAGAAGAUCCGAAGUUUCGAAAGCUGGAUCUCUACAAGCAAAAAGAACCGCCGAAACAAAAACGGCCGGAAAUCAAGUUUGAUGUUCCGCAACCACGUAGUGAGCGCAUGCCCGUGGACCAAGACUGGCCGAGCGUGUGGCCCACAGCACAGUCCUUUCGCCCUUCAGUGGUGCCGCUGCCGCUGCGUCAGGGUUACCGUCAGAAGGGGGCACCACCGGGCAAGUAUGCCAACUUGGAGCUCAUGAAAGUGCCCAACUUCCUUCACCUGACACCCGCUCAUCUCUCCAAGCAUGCCAAGGUCCUCCGGCAAUUUUGCACCCCAUGGCCAGCUGGUCUGGAGACUGAUGAAAAGUGUGAAGAACAUUUCCCAGUGGAAGUGAUUGACAGUGACUAUUGCCAUGCCAGCCCGUCGAUCAGAGACCCCAGGUCCAGGAUUGUUACGCUGAGGGUAAAACUGUCAAACUUGGAGCUUGACUAUCAUGCAAGAGAUAAGCUCCUUCGGUUGGCUGGUGACCGCUAUGACCCCGCUACUGAUGUCCUCACUAUUGUCACCGACAGGUGUCCACUGAAGAAACAGAACUAUGACUAUGCCCAUUACCUUCUUACUGCCGUGUACCACGAAUCUUGGAACACAGAGCCUUGGGAAGCAGACAAGGCCGAGUCUGACAUGGAGUGCUUCUUUUGGGAGAAGAGCCGGUCAGAAACUAAUGCAGUUGGUUUUGUCAGACGUAUGCAGCAGUCACUGGCUGGCCAGGAGGAAAUUACUCACCCCCACGUGCAGCACCUGCCACCAGAAUGCACAGAUGACGAUGUAAAGGGUGUCACUCAAGUGAAGGACUACGCAGAGGCUGUGUGUGAGAUUCACAAUGGAGGAGAAAGCCUGCAGUCAUGGGACAAGUACAAACGCUCCGUGUGUUCGCUGUUAGGCUUGAAGCACACCGAGCUCAGUCCACUGGCAGGAGAAGUGCAUGCAUCGUGAGCUGUGUGCGUGGACAUUUUCAGUCAAAUGUGGCUGCAAGGCUUUCAAAUGGCAUAGUAAAGGAGCUGCACUCUAAAAGAUCCAGUGCUUGGUAUCCGAGGUCAGCUCUCAAAAAUCUGUCUGAGCACUGCUGCUUGUCAAUGUAGAAUAAUAAAAUAUUUUGAGUUGUUA